AUGGGCUGCAUUCCUCGAAAACACUUAGGGGCAAAAGCUACAAAACCUGUAGAUCUCGUAAUUACUCCUAGCAUCUUUGUUCGUGAGAACUCUCUGGACAUAAAUGAAGUAUAUGACUUUGGUCAAUCCUUGGGCAGAGGUGCCUUUGGAGAAGUUCGUAGAGCCAAGCACCGUAGCACCAAUCUUUUAAGAGCUAUAAAAAUACUACUCAAAGACAAACCCUCCACGGAGGCGAACACAGAGCUUUUAAAUGAAGUUGAAAUGAUAAAGGCAGUUGACCAUCCCAAUAUCAUAAAAGUCUUUGAGUACUUUGAAACCCCCAGAAAAUCUUAUAUUGUAAUGGAGCUUUGCCAAGGCGGAGAACUAUUUGACGAAUUUUCUAAGAGAAACGUCUUAAAAGAAGACGAUUGCGCGACCGUAAUUAAACAGCUGUUAUCGGCGGUUUCAUAUUUGCAUAGCCACAAUAUAAUUCAUCGAGAUUUGAAGCCAGAAAAUAUUUUGAUAGAAACAAAAGGUGAUAUUUCCAAUGUCAAGAUUUCUGACUUCGGGACAGCCACAUUGUGUGCAAAAAACGCAAAAAUUCGUGGAGCCCUUGGAACUGUUUAUUACGUGGCUCCAGAGGUGCUACUUGGGAAUUAUGACUCAAAAUGCGACAUGUGAAGCAUUGGGGUUAUAAUUUUUACUUUAUUAAGCGGGUGUCCUCCAUUUGACGGAAUCAAUGACAACGCAAUCUUGAAUAAAAUAUUAAAAGGGAAUUACUCAUUUACAGGGCCAAUAUGGGCGAAUAUAUCUAGGGAAGCUAAAGACCUAAUUUCAAGCUUGCUAUGUCCUGUAGAGACAAGGCUGACUGCAGAAUCAGCAUUAAAUCACCCUUGGAUUCAGAGAAGAUGCCCGAAUAAUCAAGACCUGCAUUCAUUAGGAAAUGUUUUAACAAAAUUAAAAGAUUUCCAUUGUGCAAGUAAAUUAAAAGAAGCUGUAAGCAUUUUUAUUACGUCUCAAUGUAUAACUUCUGAUGAAACCAAACAAUUAAAAGAAGCAUUUAAAACCCUUGAUGUCAGUGGUGAUGGAAAAAUAUCCAAAAAAGAAUUAGCUGACCAAUAUACGAAAUUCAUGGAAGGAGGAGAGUCAAAAGCUGCUGUUGAAGAAAUAAUGGCAGAUGUCGAUAGUGAUAAAAGUGGCUUCAUUGACUAUACAGAAUUUCUAAAGGCGACACUUGAUCGAAAAAAAUUAGAAUCAAGCGAAAAUUUAAAAGCUGCAUUUAAUUUGUUUGAUAAAGAUAAAAGUGGGACUAUUUCUGCAGCAGAAAUCAGGAUGGUUUUAGACACUGGAAAUAUGGCAAAUAGUAAAAUCUGGGAUGAAAUUCUAGGGGAAGUUGAUACUAAUGGGGAUGGGGUUAUUGAUUUAAGAGAAUUUGAAGCACUUGUGAAUAAAAAGACCAUAUUAUAA